GUUUCUGCUCUUCUUCUUUUCUUCUCCCCUGCAACCCGAGAAGAGCCACAGCCACGGUCACCCAUUUCCGGCCAGAAAUCCGGCAAAGCUUGGGGAUUUCUCCCUAUUUUCUUGUCUUAGAACACCUGUUGAACCCAGAAAAUCCCAGAUCUGCGUCUUCCUCCCUCUGCUGUCCGUCGGCUUCAACUUGUGGGUUUGGAAUUUCUGGGCGUUUUUCGCCCGCGAGUUCCCCUGCAGAAUUUCUUCUUCUUUGCCGCCGGCUUUUCCCCCUUGCUAGGCUCGGUUUUGCUUGCUAAAUUUUGGUAAGUUACCGGCUCUUCCAAGUCCAAUUUAUCCAUGUAAUUGUUGCCUUGUGUGUGUGUCAAAAUUGUGCCGGAAAAGGGGAUAAAUUCUGGUAGCCUUUAGCAGCCCUUUAAAUGUGUUUUGUUGUUUAAAUUAUGUGGGAAUUAGCUUGAUUAAUUGCUGUGAUGUUUUGUAUGCAUAGCCGGGCUUUAGUGCUGUUUUGCCAAGCUCGGUUUCUCCAUUUUGUCCGUUGAAAGUUUCCUGUUGAAAUGGAGGAGUUUUGGCAGCUUUAAAACAUGGCUAGUGUUUUGCCCAAAUUUUUGAAGUUACCGUCACUGUUCACUGCGGAUAACUGUUCACUGCGGAUAACUGUUCACGGGGUACUGUUCACGGGGUACUGUUCACGAGGUACUGUUCACACACCGAGGGUUAAUGAUUAACGGGGAUUUAAAGGUUUAGUUUGUGAUAUAAGAAUGAAUUUGGAGAUAUUUGAUCAUGUGGAGAUUGAUAGGAAUAGCAUCGGGAUUGGGAGUGAUUUUAAUGAUGAUUUCAAUUUGAAUUUGUGAUAGUCCGAUAAUUAAUUCUGAGGUGUUUUGAUUAGGUUCCUAAUCGUUCUGUCAGUUAGCAUUGAGAUUGAGUGCUCGGUUUUGUGCGAGUGAGGUAAGUAAAUUAUGGUAAAGCCCUUCGAUUUCAAAGCAUGUUUUCAAUUGUUUUUGAGAUGGUGGCAAGGUUUAAAUUGAUUU